AAACUUCCACCUACCUAAGUCCAAACGAAAAAAUACCCAACUUCUAUCGUUUAAAAAUAGAAAAAUAAAAACUAAUAACUCAAGAUUCAAGAUUCAGAAACCAGAAAGUGAAGAAAACACGUUGGAAAUCCAACUCUUCAAGUAGUUACAUACACACACAAAAACAGUUUUAACUUUUAAGGCUGAAGACGAAAUUGAUUUCAACGAUGAUUAGCUCGAAUUCGAACGGCGAUGAUGAGAACGGCGAUAAAGUGAGAGGUUCAUGGAGUCCGCAAGAAGAUGAUACAUUGAGGAGAUUGGUGAAAGAAUACGGUCCACGAAACUGGUCUGUGAUAAGCAACGGAAUCCCCGGUCGUUCUGGAAAAUCUUGCCGUCUGCGGUGGUGUAAUCAGCUGAGUCCCGACGUUCAACACCGUGCUUUCACUCCUGAGGAAGAUAACAUCAUAAUCCAAGCCCACGCGGUUCACGGCAAUAAAUGGGCGACGAUAUCUCGUCUUCUCCCUGGUCGAACCGACAACGCGAUAAAAAACCACUGGAACUCCACCCUCCGCCGUCGUCUCACGGAGGCGCCGCUGACUCCUUCCCCCGUGAGUAUCGGGAAGCGUCCUCCAAAAGCGUAUGACGGUUAUAACGAUUUGUUAGAUCUCCGUUAUCCUUACAAACGGCCUUGUCUCGAGAAUAACGGUUCACGUGACGGUGAAGAAACGGUUACGGAAGAAGAAGACGCGGGGAAUGAUGUUGCCGUUAUGACGCCGUUAAGUUUGUUUCCACCUGGUGAGAAAUUGUUGAGAGAAGAAAAAGAGAAAAAAGAAGAGAUCAAGUUGUUGGGUAAUGAUAGUUUGAGGUCGGUUAUUCAGCGCAUGAUAGCAGAGGAAGUUAGGAAUUAUAUUGAUAACAUGUGCCAUGAUGGGUUUCUACAAGCUCCUGAUUCAACACAUCGAAAGUGAAAAAAUUACUGAUAAUUUUUCUUUUAUUUGUUCUGUCAUGACAAUUUCUGAUUUUAUAUAUUUUUGUAGUUCCUUUUGAUAAUUAAAUUUUUUUUAUGAUCUCUUAGUUAAUAGUAAUUGUUUUCUGUAGUCACCUUCGAUUUA